AUGACGAAGAUCGAGAUUUCCGCAACGAAAACUGCGUAUUUAGACGGACUGUACUUGCGCUAUGUUAAAGAGCUAUCGGGACAAUGGCCCCGACUCAAGUACCUCGCCGACUUCAUGCAAGUCGGCACAGCUCCCAAGCGGGAAGAGCACAUGAACAACAUGGAAAAGGCAGAACGUCGCGAGCGGACCAAGGUAGCCGUCCUGAACUUUAGCAACCCGGAAUCCAUGACGAGUACAAAUUGUAACAGUCCUUCGGAGCUGGCCGCUAGCCUGGAUAAGUAUCUUUACGACUCUGAAAAUAUGAAGACGAGCGUACUCUUCCUCGUCGAAGACCUUUCCACGUCCGUCAUGGAGCAGCUUGGGAAGGCGCUGGACGUCGAUCCGACUUUCUUCCGCAACCAUCUAGAAGAUCACACGUGGUUCAAUAUCAAGGACAACUGGGUUGACCUGCCCGAGCUCGGCUCCCAGUCACAGGGUCGGAAAUUUGUCACCCUUCGUUACAUGACCACGCAAUUUUUUGAAGACGAGGCGCUUGCCGAAGAGGCCAAGGCUGAGACAGUCAACUGGAAUGUGCUUCGCCGAGUCGACCUGGAGAGCCAGGUCAAGUCGGGCGACCUGGCCUGGUGGGCCGAGUCACGCCACCGCGUUGGCAUCCUACGGCCGAGGAUGAGCAUCUGGAGCACCUGGUCAGGGUCUAGUUGGGUUGGCAUUGUCCUAGUCGACCCCUGUGUCAGCGUCGGUCGUCCGCUGUGGAACGGCUACGGCAAUAUGCACCACCCCCCGAGCAUGGCCGAGUCCGGGUCCGUGGAGAAGAGGGCGCAGAACCUGUCGACUUUUGACACGGUGCUCGCCCGCCUUCUAUCAAUCCCGAAGAAUGAUCGCGACCGGCUGCAGAACGAACCCGAGCAUCUCGUCUCACAUUUGUAUCCGUUUGUCUUUGGAGGCACGCUUGUCACGCUCGAGUUCGCCUUUACUGGCCUGAUCCAGGUCGAGUGGGAGCUCGACUCGGGCCACGGCCGCACGCCCGAGGAUCUCGAGAGGCUGGUCGAGGCCCUGCACAAAUGGCGUCGCCGUCUGUUCUUUCAUACCCGCUGGGUACAAGAAUCCAUCAAGGCGCUAGAGGGUUGCUACUCACUCGGACCGCUGUCAGCUGCAGCGAAGUCGAAAUAUGCCUUCAUCCAGUCGCAGAGCACAGGAAGCUGGCAGGAUGGCCUCAGACAGGAUUUUCUCGACAUUCUCUCCCGGCUGCAGCUGAUCCAGGAGAGGGCAGAGAGCACGAUGCAGAUGGCCAUCACCAAUGUCAGCAUUGAGGAGGGAAAGAUCAGCCUGAUCGAGAGCGGAGACACGAGUCGCAUCACGUCCCUAGCGUUUGUUUUCCUACCCAUGUCUCUCGUGGCCAGCGUCUUAGGCAUGAAUGAAGAAUUCAAAUGGAAUGCGCACAUUUUCAUAGUCUUCAUCGUUACAUCCGUUACGCUUACCGUCGUUUCCCUUGGUCUGGCUAUGCAUUCAAGAUCCAUCAUGUCUUAUUGGCGGCAGAACAGGUUCGUGAUAAUUGGGAGGAAGGAGAAUUGA